AGAUUUGCGCUUCAAUAACAUUAACGAGAUACCCAGUAGGGCUUUCUAUGGACUUUCACAGGUGACUACACUUUUUCUUAAUGGUAAUGAAAUUGCCCACUUGGAGGAUGGAGCAUUUGAAGGAAUGCCAUCAUUGCGUUUCCUUUAUCUCAACUCAAAUCAACUCACCCGUCUAUCGAAGAACAUUUUCCAACCGUUGAAACAACUGGAGGGAGUUUAUCUGGAAAGCAAUAAUAUCUGGCAAAUUGAUGCUGAUACUUUUGCGAAUCUACCGGUUUUGAAUCGCAUUUUCAUGUUUAAAAACAAACUCACUAAUCUACCGCCAGAUGCAUUCACACGGUUGCCAAGUUUGAAACGCCUACGACUCGAAGACAAUCCAAUCGACUGUAAUUGCGGCAUUUACUCAUUGUGGCGUCACUAUCAACAGCAUCCGCAACGUAAACUCAUCACCAUCGCAUUGACUUGUGAAACACCGGCCACAUUGUAUCGUUAUGGCUUUAACGGAUUACGGGAAUCCCAUUUCCACUGCA